AGUUUUCUCGUGUUUGUUACAGGUGUAGGUGGGCCAAACGGAAAAUGGUGUAUGGCGUUGAUUAUAAAUCAUCGAUCGGUUUUUAUCUACACAAUGGUAAAAAGACACCUAUUCUGACGUGUGACUUGUGACGGCGCUAUAUAAGCCAGAUCCUGACCACGCCCGCUUAAUCAACAAGUUCCGAGGAUACGCCGUGCUCAGUGCUUGCAACACUUCAGUUAAGUCUGAAAAAGUGUUGCUCUUAAGAAGCAACAAUUGAAAUAUUACAAACUCUGGUCGAAAUGGAUGAAUAUAAAGUUAUAGAGGAGUCUCCUCCGGUCGAAAACGGUGUACAGAAUCCGAUAGAAGAGGGAGAACAACCUCCUCCAGCAACUAGAGAAGAACAAAAAGCGACCCAGAGGAAAGUCAAUGAUGAUUCGAUUGAAAGCAGUAGUCUGGGGAAGCCUAAAGGUGGUUGUAAGUUAUCCACCACCAUCUUCAUAACGUUUGGUGUUCUUAUUGGAGUGGUGUUAUUGGUAACAGUCAUAUAUUUCACCAUUAUAUUGACCGACGGGGAAAAACAAAAUAGUGAAGGCAAUAAAGCAGCCAUUGGUUUACCAGGAGUAACGGAAACAACUGGAAGUACAGAGUUUUCAGCAUCAGAAGAUGAUGAUGGCAAAUUUUUAGACGGAGGUGAAUCAAAUGGACAGAGACAGAGUCAGCCAAUAACCCCCACUACCAAGCAACCAAAUAAUCAGGGAGGAGGGUUUGAUCAGAAUUUGCUAAGAGGACUGCCACGGCCAUCCAAGGCAGCUACUACAACAGAAACUCCAGUUAAUCCCCAGGGAGGAUUUGAUCUCAAAUCGCUGCGAGGACUACCACGGCCAUCCAAGGCUUUUAAUACUACUGCUACAUCCACCACUACCACCAAGGCACCAGCAAUUCCUAUGGGAGGAAUUGAUCUCAAAUCGCUGCGAGGACAACCACGGCCAUCCAAGGCUUUUAAUACUACUGCUACAUCUACCACUACCACCAAGGCACCAGCAAUUCCUAUGGGAGGAAUCGAUCUCAAAUCGCUGCGAGGACUACCACGGCCAUCCAAGGCUUUUAAUACUACUGCUACAUCUACCACUACCACCAAGGCACCAGCAAUUCCAAUGGGAGGAAUUGAUCUCAAAUCGCUGAGAGGACUACCACGGCCAUCUAAGGCAGCUACCACAGAAAAUCCAACUGCCGUGGCACAAGUCAAUCCUACGGUAGGAUUUGAUCUUAAAUCGCUGAGAGGCCGACCACGUCCACCUGUCGCAACUAUUAUGGCCGAGACAGAAACUUCAACGACCACGACACCAAUUAAUCCUAGGGAAGGAUUUGAACUAAGAUCGCUAAGAGGCCGACCGCGGCCACCUGUAGCAACUAUUACGACCAUGCCCACAACCAAAGACACCGCAGUUGAAAGGCUCGAUUCUAGUCUUUUACGUCAACGGCCUGAGCGUCCAGUUCUAACGAUCACAACCAACGCAGCGAUUGAACCGGUUAGUGACAAACAGUGGAGGGCCCUCUUUACAGCGGUAGUACCAGCAGAAGCGACUGGCCGCCCAUUGACAUCCUCAGACACAGUGAAUACUACAGCUUCGUCAAUAAAAAACGGGGAUGAUGGUACGACUGGUGGUCAAUCUGCAGCAGCUCAUGUCGUAACUACAAAUAUGGACAUCACAACUGAAUCACAAGGAAACAGUGAUGACAUUGCAUAUGAAACUAGUGAACCGAUUUAUGAAUAUUACGAUCAUACAGAAGCUUAUUUCAAGACGGCAGAAUACCCAGAUUAUAAAGAGGGCGACACAAGCGAAGAAUUUAUGUCUUCAACUAUUGCAACCAACAACGAGCCUAGUUCGAGCGCAUUAGUACCAGAUGUACCAAAUGGCGAUAGAUCUACGACUAAGAUACCAAAUGGUGGUGGAAGGCCUGUUAUACCCAAAAGACCCAACGGGUCAAAUGGUGGUUCAAGACCUAACAUACCAAAUAAAGGUUUCAGACCUAGCGGGACAAAUACCGGUUUUAGACCCAGCGGAACAGACAGUGGAUCUAGGCCAAGUCCAUCAGCAUCAACUGAUAUUUCCGAGUCGAAUGGCUGGAUUGAAAAUGUUCAACACCCAAAAUUAACUGGAAAAAAGCUAAAUUACCAAGACCAAGAGGUUAACACUCGAGAUACAACUUUCAAGGUUUUUCUGUUCAUUUUAAGUUUAAGAAAUAUGUUGGGUUUAAAGAACUACAUUAAAAAUGACGUUUGGAGUAAUGGUGAAGAAUAUAAGGACAUUUAA